AUGGUACCUUACACAGUGCAAUUCCUGAUAAAAACCUUUUGUUUGGACGACCACUUGCCACACACUAUAAACUGACUGUGCUACAGAUCAGCCCCACUGAUAUGGGGCAAUACUACUGUCAGGUUGAGGAGUGGCUUCUAACUGCUAACACCUGGAAGAAAUUGGCUUCAGAUAAAUCUGGAGAGCUCUCCAUCUACGUUCACACUGAAGAAAGUAAACUGAGUGUUCAGAAGAACAAUCGGAUGAUCAACAUUACAAACGAUCAGACUUCAUUCACCAUUGACUGUGUCAUUGACUCACAAUCCAGUGAUACGUCUGGCUUUGAGGUCACCUGGUUCAAGGUGCAGGAAGAAGGACCACUCACCAUGUUCUCUGCCAGGCAUGACGGUACCUUACACAGUGCAAUUCCUGAUAAAAAUCUUCUGUUUGGACGACCACUUGCCACACACUAUAAACUGACUGUGCUACAGAUCAGCCCCACUGAUAUUGGGCAAUACUACUGUCAGGUUGAGGAGUGGCUUCUAACUGCUAAUACCUGGAAGAAAUUGGCUUCAGAUAAAUCUGGAGAGCUCUCCAUCUAUGUUCACACUGAAGAAAGUAAACUGCAUGUUCAGAAGAACAAUCGGAUGAUCAACAUUACAAACGAUCAGACUUCUUUCACCAUUGACUGUGUCAUUGACUCACAAUCCAGUGAUGCGUCUGUCUUUGAGGUCACCUGGUUCAAGGUUCAGGAAGAUGGACCACUCAUCAUGUUCUCUGCCAGGCAUGACGGUACCUUACACAGUGCAAUUCCUGAUAAAAAUCUUCUGUUUGGACGACCACUUGCCACACACUAUAAACUGACUGUGCUACAGAUCAGCCCCACUGAUAUUGGGCAAUACUACUGUCAGGUUGAGGAGUGGCUUCUAACUGCUAACACCUGGAAGAAAUUGGCUUCAGAUAAAUCUGGAGAGCUCUCCAUCUAUGUUCACACUGAAGGUGAUUCUAAAAAACAGACAGACCCGUUGGGAACGGCACUGGGAGUCACCAUUCCUCUGAUUUGCUUUCUUGUUUUGGUCAUAAUAUUGUUGUUGAUAAAGGAUCACAAGAGGAAUUCUGAACUGAAGAAGAAGAAAGACAGUCUUUGGGCUGAAAAUAACCCCCUUACUCCUCUACCUGAAGGGACUUGUGUUGCAGAGGAUCAUUCCUAGUAUUAGUGCAGUAAUACGCAAUUACAUACACAAAAUGUUGUUACUGAGGGAUAUCUAUUUUCAAAGUUAACUUACCCCUACAUUUAAGGAUAAUGUAUUUGCAUUGCUAUAAAUCCAUUUAUUAUGAGGCAAGAUAAGAAGAAUAUUUAAACCAGUGUUUAUGGUUUUGU